AUGAGCGGAGUUCUGCUCUCAGAAGUUUUUUCAUUUAUCGAUCAGUUUAAAAAUUAUCUGUCAGUUAAGUCGUCCAAAAUUAACUUCAGGUCCAUAGAGGAGUUCGUUUACUCUGAUGUUCCAAGUGCAAAUUUCAUAUCAAAAUUGCAUGUCUUAACCGGUAGGAAGGGUAACAUUAGAGAUGGAUCUUUCGUCACGAGGAUCAUCAGUCUAUGCAAAUGGUGCAAUGUGGAAGAUGUUGAAGUCCUGGAGAAGAGAGGCCUGAAAUUUAAUCACCCUAAUCUAAAGCUACAUAUCCUCUUGUCAUUGUUUGAGAACAUGCUAUGGAACAAUAGAAAAUUUCGGAGAAUGUUAUCACAACCGCAUGAUAGGGAUUGCACCAAUGAUGUCAGAGUGUUCAAGCAGAUCUCAGAGAACUACUGCCAGCUCAUUGUCAAGGACGAGGAAUCCUUCUUAUCUUUUAUUGAGGAGGUUGAGAGGUCACCAACAAAUCAGUCCAACACAGCAGAUGACGACUUCAUAUUUACAAGUCACAAAAGUAGGAGGCGGCCUAACUGCAGUAAUAACGCUUAUAACAUUAACAACAACAACGACGACAACCACAACAACAACAACAACAAUAAUAAUAAUAACAAUAAUAAUGAUGAUAAUAACAACAACAGCAACAUCAUAAGCAACGACAAGGGUAAUAAUGAUACCAACAACAACAAUGUCAAUAUAAAUGCUGAUGUUGAUAGCACUCUCACUAAUAAUAAUAAUAUUAAUCUUAAUAUCAGUAAUAAUAAUAAUUAUAACGACAGUAGUAACAAUAAGAAUAAUAAAAGUGACGUCAUCUGUUUUGAUAGCUGCCGUAAUGAUGUUAUUGAAACUGAAAUUGAAACUGACGUCAAUUGCAAUAAUAAUAAUAAUAAUAAUAAUAAUAAUAAUAAUAAUAAUUAUUAUUAUUAUUAUUUAAAUAAUAAUAAUAACAACAAUAAUAACAAUUUGUAUGAUGAUAAUCAUCACAAUCUUCAUGGAAUUGGUGAUGCUGAAGAAGAAGAGCCUGGGAAAUAUGAGGAAGGCUUCGUUGAAAGGCUCAAGUCUGACUAUCUCGUGUAUAAGAGUUGCCUGGUACAGAGAGCUGAGAGCGGGCAUAGACUGAGUAAGCAAACUUCGAAAACGUGCAUUUUCAUCACCAACGACAACAAUAACUACAUCAACAACAACAACAACUACAUCAACAACAACAACAAUUACAUCAACGACAACAACAACAACAAUUACAAUGGCUACUACACCAACAACAACAUCAAUAUUGCUGUCAGUAACGGUGACAACAACACCAUCAUCUACAACAGCGACGACGAUGACGCCAAUGAAUAUUGUGAAAACAUCAAUAAUAAUAAUAAUAACAAUAACAUCAACGACAUUUAUAACGGUGACGUCAUCAAUGGUGAUCUCAUUUUUACGUCAUCUGUCACGCAGACUAAUUCAGCAGCUACAGCAGCAGCGACAAUAACAAAAACGUCAUCAUCCGCAAUAACAACGUCAUCAUCAACAACUUCAACGACAAUUUGUAGGUCUGGUAGGAGAGUUUUUAUGGCUGGCCCAUACGUUGAUAGCUCUUCUAGUACUGAAGAUGAAUUAGAUGAAGAGCAAGAAGAAAAAAACGACCCGAGUUUUAUACUUGAAGGCAAUGAGGAUGAAGACAACGAUUGUGUACUAACAAACAAGAGCCUCACCACCACCACAACCACCACCAACGUCGUUGACGAGGCAAAAUUUAAAAAUAAAAAACCGAACUGCGAACCCCAGCCUAUGAAAGUAAGAAAGUUACAGGCCAAGUCUAAGUCACUGCCCGCUACCGGUUUGCAGCGAAACCUUUCAACCAAUCACAAAACGCCAUCAACGACACCGACAAAAAACACCAAUAGACAAAGGUGUCAGAUAAAUUUUAAUAAUCAGCAUAAUUUCGCUAGUCCAAGACAACAGCAACAACAUCAACUGUUGCGAAAACCUCAACAAUUGCAACAACAUCAGCAACAGCAGCUGAGACCUCAAAAUGAAAAAUUUUUCCAACAACAUCAACAACACUGGCGACAGCAAUUCAUGGAUCAGCGCAAAAAAUUCCAUCAACGACAACAAAUGCAACAACAACAUCGAUUUCGACAUCAACCGCCACAUCAACAACCACAACGACCGCAGCUGCAACAACAACAGCCACAGCCAAACGAAGCUUCAAACUUCGCCAAAUUAUUUUGCAGACCUUUGCAAACUAGUACACCAGUACUGUCGCCCAGUAAACAACAUCUGUCUAACAACAACUACAACAACAACAACAAUUUCACUAACAAUUACAACACUAGCAACAACCUAAACGGUUACAGCAACAACAAACAAAGCUGCUUUUCCCAGGUAUUCAUCAUUCCCUCCUACCAAUAUUAA